GCGGGAUAAAUUCUUCGUCUCGGCAACAUACACUUCUCAGCUUCAGAGCAGCUUCAUUGACCUCAUACUGACAGGCUUACUUCCUUUCUCUGGUACAUUCCUUGCAGGAUUAGAUAGCUUCAGCUAGCAGUCCUCCCAUCAAAAUGAACGUACCAAUAGGCCUGAGCCAGACGUUCAACGUCAACUCAGCCAAAAACUCCAAGCAAGGUAUGUCCAUGCCCCUUCCUUGUGUGACGCUCUGGCCACCACUGACUCAAGAAGGACACUCGUUGUCGCAACAGGUCUCGGAAAGUGCAAGAACCGCGGCAGCUCACGCCCAUCCUGAGCAGGAAGAGUGGUCAUGGGAUAAUCUCCCCGACAUUCUGUAUCAGCUUAACCCCAAUGGACCCAAGAGCAAGGACCCGAUAGGGCUCAAGACAUACACCAUAAAUGGGAAGUAUCUGAGAGAUAUCCCAGUCCUGCCCGACAGCAUUCCGGCGGACGUGGAAGAGUUUCGGGUGGAGGCUUGGAUUCGACUGGAUCGCCGCAUUCGGCUUGAGGAUAUUAUAGAUAGGAUGCCCGAAGGCCAUCGUGUCAGACCCAAUGCACUCCAGCAGAGGGGUGGUAGAUUUCGUCAAGCUUUCUCUCUGUGCGCUUGGGAUUCCGGAAACAAGAAAAGCAUUAGACUAGUCGAAACACUCAAGCAAAAGCUGGUUGCUGCUGGUAUCGAUCCCGCCCUGAAUACCACCCGCGGGCUUACCCCGGGCCUGAUCAAUCCGGUUCUGGGGGAGAUCGGCGGCAGAAUUGACCUCCCAAAACCGUACCGAAACAAACGGAUUGUGAAGGAGAACCUUCAAGUCGCGACGAACAAACGUGAAACUCGUGGAACUCGUGAAACUCGUGGAGUCGACAGCUCAGCUUCGCCAGCCAUCACAAUCAAACAAGUCUCCAAGAGCGUUGUGAGCGAGCAUAGCUCCUUCAGUGAGUAUAUUCUAGCUAUGCGUCGUUCCCUACUUUGGAAACAAAGGCCCCAUGAGCCCCAUGUCAGCAGUGAGCUAACUCUCCUCGUCCUCAUCUCAGCACCGUUGUGGCAUCCAUAUGAGACCAUCUUGAAUGGAACCGAAGACUUGCACGAGAUUGCCACAGAGAAUUGCUCUGAUGCCCUUAAGAUGUUUCUCUCUGAAGAAGAGCAGAUUGCGCUUUGUGCCAGUUGGACACCCCAUCCAGAGGGCGCGGACUCGGCUGCGGAUGCACAAGAUUCAGGCAUUUACAGCCUGGAAGACUGGUCUUGGUACUUCCAAACCUUUGACUUCCAGUCAGCCUCUCAGCAGACCGAUAGUCUGUACGACACGAUCAUGCAAGACUAUCAUGACCGUGAGCUGUGGUGCCGAAACACUCCGUACUCGGGGAUGUUUGACCCAGAUUUUGACUUGUGAUGUCUGACUUGAUGUUCCCACAUCAUGCGAGCAGUCUCUUCACUUCGUCAAUUAGUCGGAAGUUGCCAGUGAGUUUGGAGAGAGAGAGAGAGAUCUGCCGCUUGCUUGUGAUUGAUUUUUUUCUCGCAG